AUGGAGGACACAGAAGAUGACAUAGCCGUUGUUGGCAUUGGAUGCAAUUUCCCCGGAGGAGAGGGCUUGGGUAAUUUCUGGAGAGUUUUAUUAGAAGGAAAGAACUGUGUGGUAGACAUUCCUGAGGAGAGGUUUGACAGCGCCUGUUGGUUUGAUCCUGAUGAUAGCAAGCCUGGAAAGACACAGACAACCAGAGCUGCUCUCAUAAAUGGGUUUAACGAGUUUGAUCACAAGUUUUUUGGUAUCACUGAAGCUGAGGCUGACUUCAUGGACCCUCAGCAGAAACUCCUUCUGCAGUGUACGCACAGGGCAUUGGAAGAUGCUGGAGUGGCUAUGGAGACCAUCAGUGGAAGCAGAACUGGAGUUUAUAUAGGUCUUAUGAACAGGGACUAUGAGAACCUCCUAAGCAACAGUGCUAGCACAAUAACCCACUACAACGGCACCGGGACAGCUAUGAGUGUUGCUGCCAACAGAAUAUCCUUCACCUUUAAUCUCACUGGCCCUUCCUUUGCCAUCGACAGUGCCUGCUCUUCCUCACUGGUGGCUCUGCAUACAGCCUGCCAGGCUAUAAAACUAGGAGACUGUGAGAUGGCGCUAUGUGGAGGUGUCAGCUGUAUCAUAGAGCCAAGAGUGUUUGUUGCUCUCAGCAAGGCGAAGAUGAUCUCCCCUGAAGGAACCAGCAAACCUUUCUCCAGCAGAGCAGACGGCUAUGGCAGAGGAGAGGGCUGCGGGGUAGUUCUGCUGAAACCACUGAAAAAUGCUGUAAGAGACUUCAAUAAGAUUUGGGGUAUCAUCAGCAAAACUGCUGUCAACCAAGAUGGUCACACAGUCUCUCCAAUCACCAAGCCCUCCGUGGUUCAACAAGAGGAGCUCCUGCGCAGCAUCUACUUGGAGUCUGAUCUUGCAAAUGUCCAGUACAUAGAGGCACAUGGGACUGGAACCCCAGUUGGAGACCCAACAGAGGCAACAAGCAUCUCCAACGUCAUUGCUAAAGCCAGACCUCCAGGUUCAGAGACGCUUCGCAUUGGGUCUGUGAAAAGCAACAUUGGACACACAGAAUCUGCAGCUGGAGUGGCAGGGCUCAUUAAGGUACUCUUAAUGAUGAAGCAUGAAACCAUUGUUCCCACAGUUUUUUAUUCUGAACACAGUGCCAGUAUAGAUGUACAGGCCCUGAGCAUAAAAAUUCCAACCAAAGCUGAGAAAUGGGAGAUAAAUGGGUCAUUAGUGAGGGUAGCUGGGAUCAACAGCUUUGGGUUUGGAGGAACAAAUGCACAUGCAAUUGUAAAACAACACAGGCAAGAUACCAUUCCCAAACUGAUCCCUCAUGCCUGUCGAAUGCUCUUUGCAAUUUCUGCAGCUACAGAGAAAUCGUUGAUUUCGUCCCUCACUGACACUCACCAAAGACUUUGCAGAGGUGAAACAGUUGACAUACAGGCAUUAUCGUAUACAUCAGCAUGUAGGAGAAGCCAUUACAAACACAAAUAUAGGAGAGCCUUCUUGACAUCUUCCCUCUCGGAUCUAGACCAUCAGCUGACAUCGGCGCUGACCAAGAAAGUUGAGCCAACUAAGUCAGACAUCCGAUUAGUCUUUGUGUUUUGUGGGAAUGGGGUUACCUACAAGGGUAUGUGUAAGCAGCUUCUUAGAGAGGUGCCUAUCUUCAGAGAGAAAAUCAGAGAAGUUGAUAAUCUCUUCCAGAAAUAUAAAGCCACCAGCAUCAGGCAAAAGAUUGAUGAUGAUUAUGACAAUGAUGAUUACACCAAGCCAGAUGUUGUCCAGCCACUUCUUUUUGCCAUUCAGGUUGGCAUCGCCAGCCUUCUACAGCACUGGGGUAUCAAACCUGAUGCCGUUCUCGGGCACUCUGUUGGAGAGGUUGCUGCUGCCCACUGCUCUGGCCUCUUGUCACUUGAGGAUGCAGUGAAGGUGGUACACCACCGCAGCACUCUCCAGAGCAAGGUCACAGGAGGGAAAAUGCUUGUGGUCAGUAAUGUGGCAGUUGAAAAAGUUUUGAAAGUCCUUCCCACCUUCUCUGGAAAAAUAUGUGCAGCAGCUUUCAACAGCCCUCAGUCCUGCACUCUGUCAGGGGAUGCAGAUGCUAUAGACACCCUCCAUCAGGAGAUGAAGACCACAUUUACAGAUAAAAAUCUCCUCCUCCAUGUCUUAGAUGUUCCAGCUGCAUACCACAGCCAUAUGAUGGAUCCCAUAGUAGAUGAUAUUGAGAAAAGUAUUGAUUCUCUGGCUGUCAACAACAUGGAGUGUGAACUUUUUUCAACAGUCACUGGAGAAAAGUGUUCAGAUGGCAACUUUGUCACAGGCAGAUACUGGGCAAAGAAUAUCAGAGAGCCUGUUUUAUUCAAGCAAACACUGCAGGCUGCAACCAAGGACGGGCACUCAAAGAGAAAUGUGAUCUUUGUAGAGAUUAGUCCUCGUAGGGCUCUCCAAAGGAACAUCCAUGAGACUUUGGGAGGAGACCACAUAGUUCUCCCCUCAGUGCAGCCAGAGAAGGAUUACAAGACAAUUCUGUGUACAGUAGCAAAACUAUUUGAACUAGGCAUUCAUGUAGACUGGCAUAAGCUCUACAGUGGUAGCGAAACUUUGCCAACAGCUUUUCCAGUCUAUCAGUUUGAUAACUUGAGGAAAGAAGUAUGUUUUGAAGCUGUAAGGAAAGGAAAUGAAACAACUGUUUACUCUCACCAUCCACUGAUAUCCCAGGUAAAACAGGAUAAGAAAGAGUACAAGUGCGACCUCUCAUUAGAGACUGCAUCAUACCUUUGGGAGCAUAAAAACAAUGGUGUCACUGUCGUGCCAGGGGCAUUGUAUGUUGAACUAGCUUAUGCCUCAGUGAUGGCAAGUUUAAGACCAAAGAAGCCCACUUCCUUGCUCCAGCUCUGUGUACAUUUCAGCAGUCUACUCACACUCAGUUCAAACUCUUAUGAACUGAAAGUAACACUGAACCACAGAGAGAAUGAGACUACAUUUAAAAUACAGUCUCCCUCAUCAACACAUGCAUUUGGCACGUACUGGUGUGCAAAGAGCCAGCCAUUGAUAGAGCAACAAUCCAUUUGCCUCGACAUGAUCUCCCAACGUUGCAAAUUGGUUAUGACAAGAAAAGAAAUCUACUCGAUUCUUUGUCGAGCAGGAUUUGAAUAUGGCUCUGUCUUCAAACAGCUUGAUGACGUACAUUUUGGAGAUGAAUUCAAGGAAGCUGUGACAACAUUUCAAGUCCCUGGUGAGAUACUGACACACCUUCAUGAUUAUUUUAUCCACCCUGUGUUACUGGACUAUUUCCUGCAACUGACUGCAGUGGUAGCAAUGGGAAAGCUAACCACCAAACAGGGAUUCCCCUCAGGAAUUGGAAGUGUGGUCAUGUCAGGACCCCUACAAGAGGAAAUGGUCAUGUAUUUAAGAGCAACUCAUGAGACUCCAGACUUCCUUGAAGUAUGUGGCUGCUUCUCCACAAAAGAAGGGCAUGUACUGGUGGAACUUAAACAGGCGAGGAUCUCAUUUUUGGGUCAUCCCUCAAAUGUUGCCAAGUCACUUUUCUUUCACAAUGAAAUAAUCUCAAUUUCGAACGAGAUAGACUUCAACUGCAAAAUAAAGGCCAUCGUUUUUGAAGACAAACUAGGAAUUGCUAAAGCACUUAGACCCUAUUUACACCCAGAAUCAACAAUGGUGAAGACCAGAGACCACUGGGUGUCAGAUCAGCUUCAGGGCGUAGUGUUUAACUCACUCCACAAUGGAGCUGAUUUGGAUGAGGUUCUUUUCAUUUGGGGUGUACAGGACCUCAGUCACCUGUCAUCCGAGAAGACACUGGAAUGCUUAGUUACUUGCUGUGAGCUGUUUCGCCAGAUUAUUUUGAUCUUGAAAGCGAGCAAACGCUCAUACACAGUCCGGGUCAUAACCUAUAGAUCGACAGAGAGGACUGUAGACCAUAUCAGUCCUGGUUUUGUGUUGUCUGGUCUGACUAGGGCCUGUGCAGCAGAGAUCCAAGGUCUCUCUUUUCAGCUGAUUGAUCUUCCCUCUGUGACCAGCGAAGACAUUCAAGCUCUGGUUCAUGUGAUAAACACCUGCAAGCAACAAGAGGUCAUGAUCAGCCAAGGGCAGGUAUCAGCAACAAAAAUAGUGCGAACCCCAAUAACAGACAUGGCUUUAUGCGAAGGUGAUUUGCACUCAAUGCAUAUGGGGGACUUUGUCCUACAGACUGCUGAUCCAUACAAAGUGGCAAAACUGUGUGCCAUCCCCUGUGAUGCACCUAGAAAUUUUGUCCAAGAGAAUUCAGUUGAAAUUCAGCUAAUGAAUAUAUGUGUGCAUUCCUCUGAUUACUUUCCUGUCAGCACUUCACAUUUGAACUUCAGCGAGACAAUGUAUUGGAACAAGCACACGUCUCAGAGUCACACUCUUCUGGCUUUAGAUUUUAGUGGUAUUGUCACAGCUAUUGGGAAAAAUGUUCAUGACCUCAAAAUAGGAGAUCAUGUAGUGUCUUGUUACCCAGUAGCUGCCACUUCAAAGGUUGUGAUUCCUGAAGCAGUGUGCUACAACACAAGCAGACUUCCAUUUCUGAGAGGGACCCCGUGCAUGUCUUACUUUGUGUUGGCAUGGGAGAUCCUGCAGAGAUUGCUACCUGAGGUAAAACAAAACAGGAAGUUAGCCAUCAUCUCCUCCACUCCAGCUUCUAGUCUGAUGAAAGUUUUAGCUCUGACCGCAAACAGGUCAGGGUGGAAUGUCACCUGUCAGUCAUGUUUCCAGAGGGAACUCCUGAAUAUUGAUCAAUGCCAUGCAUUCAUUUUUCUGCCACCAUUUGAUAUGAGUUUGCAGGGCAUAAAUGAAGGAGGCAGCUUGGAGAGACACAUUAUUUUUUUGUGUAACAAUCAAAUGCUUUCUUCGCCCUCUGCAAAAAAAUCUGCAUGGGAGAGUGAACACAUGCAUGUACACAAACUUAAUGUGCCCUAUGUUUUCCAGAGAUUCAAUCUAAAAACACAAAAAAGAAAGAUAUUACAGUGGUUAAUGUCAUUAGGCUUUGAUACAGUACCUUUACCUCUGAAAAGUGGUAUGUUUCAGUUCCCAGGCAGAAGAGAAGCUCAGACUAGUGUAGAUGUUGAGUCCUACUUUACAGCAAAAAUUGUACAGCAAGUAGUUUUAGAUCACAAAGGAUCAAACUGUCCAGUAUCUGAUAUACCUUUGCUAACAGGGUCAAGGCAACUGUUUAGACAACGCUUUGUCUACAUUGUAACUGGAGGGCUCUCUGGUUUGGGACUUGAGACUGUCAAAUUUAUUGCUAAUAAAGGUGGAAGCUGCAUUGCAACACUUUCCAGACGCAUUCUGUCAGACGAAACACAGUUUGAGAUGGAAACGCUCCAGAAAAGAUGUGGGGUGACUAUCAUGAAUGUCCCUUGUGACGUUUCUGUGUCAAGGCAAGUGGAGGAAGCAAUCUCAAAGAUAAGACAAAGGUUCCCACUGUGUCCAAUCAAAGGAGUGUUUCACAGUGCUGCAGUUUUACAUGAUACACUACUUGAAACCCUUGAUGAGUCCCUCUUCCAAAAGGUGUUAAAGCCUAAAGUUAACGGGGCUCUAAAUCUUCACUAUGCAACACUGCAUGACAAACUGGAUUUCUUUGUGUGUUACUCCUCCAUCUCUUCCUUCAUUGGCAAUGCCUCACAGUGUAACUAUGCAGCAGCCAAUUCCUUCCUAGAUGCGUUCUGUAAUUAUCGGAGAAACCUUGGACUUGCUGGACAGUCAAUCAACUGGGGUCCUUUGAACCUCGGUCUCCUGUUGAACAAAGACCAUUUCCAAAGGUUCCUGGAGGCAAAAGGGAUGAUGAUUAUGGAUGUAUGUGAGGUUCACGAAGCUCUCGAAAAGUGCCUGCUGAUGAACAGACCACAGCAAGUUAUAUGCAAGUUCAACUUCAAAAAUCUGAACAAUCAUGUUCUUUCACAGAAUGCCUCUCUCAAAGAGCGGCUGUCGCCUUUGGUGGAAAUGGAACUGAAGCAUAAUUUAACGAGUGAGCACAGGGUUCAACAUUUAUCCUCUAUACAUGAAAAUGUAAGGACAAUUGUCAGUGAGAUAAGUGACAUUGGUGUAGAUGAGCUUGAUGAUGACUCAUCUCUUUGUGCCCUGGGCAUUGACUCGAUGUUGGCCAUGACUCUGCAAAACAAGAUUUUCCAAGAGACAGGUGUGAAUGUGCCUUUGGUGAGAAUACUUGACCCCAGCUGUACACUGAACACAUUGGUAACCUUUGUAAGAGGCAGUGGAUAA